AUGCUAGAUGUAGCGGGGAUCUGUGUGGCAGCGGUUAGAGCCGUUUAUUGGUUGGUGAUGCUCGUUUGUAACUUCCUCGGUUAUUCUCCGCUAUGGGCACAGAUUGCCAUGAAGAAUAGAAAGAUGGAAAACGUUAAAAUCCGAAUACCAGCUCAUUUAGCUGUUUGUUUCACUGAAAGUAGACUGAUCGAUUUGACAGAAGUUAUACAAAUCAUGGAUAGUUGUGUAGCAGCUGGAAUCAGGCAACUGUCCCUAUAUGACCCAUUUGGCGAACUAGUAUCUCAAAUCGGACAAAUAGAGCAAGCCUGUCGUCUAUUUACGCGUGCCGAUCUUUUCUGUGAUGGUAAACGGUUGCACUCCAGUGGUCUCACCAAUUUACAAGUGAACGUUUUGUCGAGAAAGAUGGGAAAGAGUGCACUUGUAGAAGCAUGCAAAAUGAAAUUUUUUUCGAAAAGACACACUGCUCACAAGAGCAUUUUAUGUUUCCAGCUAUGCCGUGAAGAGGACGAAAUAACAGUAGAUCGGGUCUCGAAAACAUUAGAAGACAAAUUCCACCUUAGUGAUCCAGAUUUUCUACUUCAAGUUGGCAACGUUCCAACGCUCUGCGGGUAUCCUCCAUGGAAUCUUCGAAUCACUGAAUUCCUCCAGACGCCACGUCUUCCAUGCUCGCGGAGAGCACUCGACUGUUGUGUGGAAGCCUUCAGCCAAAGAGAUAUUCGCGUUGGAAAGUAA